AUUUUGUUAACCCCUUCUCUCUCCUUAAAAAGCACCCGCUAUGCCUGCAGAACCGAAAGCUGAAGCGAACAAUGAAGCUGACUACAUCACUGUCAGCCCGUUUAUUCGGUAUAUGAACCAUGCCCUGGCCGGGAUCACAGAGGCACCGCGCAUCGCCGUGCGGGUCAACCCGAAAACGAUGGACGUCGAGUACGAGCCGACAAAGCUGUGGGUAAAAAACACAGCAACAGUAGCAUUAUUUGGAGCAACGGCGUGGGCCAUCUGGUAUCGGAGGAGGCGCCUUGAGGCCGUGAACGGGUUGCUAUCGCUGGCUGGAGCUAGUCGCCCUGUACUCGCCGGGCUUGCGUGGACCACAGGUAUUGCAGGUGCAUUGAACCUUCGCCGAGUCAAGCAGGAUUCGCUCGACGACUAGAUACGUGUAUGCGUCUGUGGCUUGCCACUAUUUUGUGCUUUUCUUCUCUCCUUUGAAUAUACGCUC